CACUGAUAGGUGGCACUGACUGGCACUGAUAGGUGACACUGAAAGGCAGCUCAGAUGAGCACUGAUAUGUGGCAUUGAUGUGCACUGGUAAGCACUGAUAUGUGGCAUUGAUGUGGCACUGAUGGGCACUGGCAGGUAGCAUUGAUGAGCACUGACAGCUAGCAUUGAUGGACACUGACAGGUGGCACUGCUGGGGCUACACUGAUCAUCAGGGCACACUGAUCAUCAGUGCCCUGAUGAUCACUGUCAGCGUGACAGCUCGUGAGGAGAGAAAUGCCGAUAAACGGCAUUUCCCUAUUUACAUGAGAUCAGCUGUGAUUGGAGACAGCUGAUUACAU